GCGGCCUCGGGCUGAGCCGCACGCAGGUCACCUAUCUGGCCUUCCCCGGGGAGAUGCUGCUCCGCAUGCUGCGCAUGAUCAUCCUGCCCCUGGUGGUCUGCAGUCUGGUGUCGGGCGCCGCCUCUCUCGACGCCAGCUCUCUUGGGCGCCUGGGCGGCAUCGCCAUCGCCUACUUCGGCCUCACCACUCUGGGUGCCUCUGCGCUCGCCGUCGCUUUGGCGUUCAUCAUCAAGCCUGGGUCUGGCGCGGAGACCCUUAAGUCCAGCGACCUUGGGCUGGAGGAUUCGGGCCCCCCUCCGGUCCCCAAAGAGACAGUGGAUUCCUUCCUCGACCUGGCCAGAAACCUGUUUCCCUCAAAUCUUGUGGUUGCAACUUUUAAAACGUAUGCAACUGAUUAUAAAAUGGACCCCCACAACAUGAGCAAUGGAAACAUAACCCUUGAAAAGAUCCCAUUUGGCACCGAGGUCGAAGGGAUGAACAUUCUGGGAUUGGUCCUUUUUGCCCUCAUGUUAGGAGUGGCCCUAAAGAAACUAGGCUCUGAAGGAGAAGAGCUCAUCCGUUUCUUCAAUGCCUUCAACGAGGCGACAAUGGUGCUGGUGUCGUGGAUUAUGUGGUAUGUACCUGUGGGCAUCAUGUUCCUGGUUGGAAGCAAGAUUGUGGAAAUGAAGGACAUUGUCAUGCUGGUGACCAGCCUUGGGAAAUACAUCUUUACGUCUAUGUUGGGCCAUUUUAUUCAUGGAGGAAUUGUUCUGCCGCUUAUUUACUUCGUUUUCACACGAAAAAACCCAUUCAAGUUCCUCCUGGGCCUCCUCACACCAUUUGCGACAGCAUUUGCCACCUGCUCCAGCUCAGCAACCCUCCCCUCCAUGAUGAAGUGUAUCGAAGAGAACAACGGUGUAGACAAGCAGAUCAGCAGGUUCAUUCUCCCCAUCGGGGCCACCGUGAACAUGGACGGGGCGGCCAUCUUCCAGUGUGUGGCCACCGUGUUCAUCGCCCAGCUCAACAACAUCGAGCUGAAGGCAGGGCAGAUCUUCACGAUUCUAGUGACAGCCACGGCGUCCAGUGUUGGAGCAGCAGGCGUGCCGGCCGGAGGGGUCCUCACCAUCGCCAUUAUCCUGGAGGCCAUUGGGCUGCCCACUCAUGAUCUCUCUCUGAUCCUGGCUGUGGACUGGAUUGUGGACCGGACCACCACCGUGGUGAAUGUGGAGGGGGACGCCCUGGGUGCGGGCAUUCUCCACCACCUGAAUCAGAAGGCGAUGAAGAAAGGGGUGCAGGAACUGACCGAGGUGAAAGUGGAAGCCAUCCCCAACUGCAAGUCAGAGGAGGAGACGUCACCGCUGGUGACACACCAGAACCCGGCGGGCGGCCCUGCUGCCAUCGCCGUGGAACUGGAAUCCAAGGAGUCGGUUCUGUGAUGGGGCUGGGCUUCCAGCUUGCCUGCCAUCGGUCGUGCCCACACUGUCAGUCCAGGCACCGGACACCGGGCGCCGCCCACCGCCCUCACCAACUUAAGCCUCCGGGCAAUGUGUUGGCCCAAUCACAGGUUUGUGAAUCACUUCUCAGCACAGGCAGUGGGCUGCUGAGCCAGACCUGGUUCCUGGGGACUCGGACACAGACAUGCAGCUUGAUCCCCAUCUAGAUGCAACCAUGUGCGCGCACCAGGGUCCGUCUGAAACACGCCCUCGAGCUGCCAGGCUCGGGGAAACAACAGGCUCGGCAAAGCUUGGGAACAUGCAGGUGUGCCCUUCCCUGCACCCAGUCACUGCGGUGGGUGCUUUCCAGGCAAACUUAGGGGGUUUGCAGUCAUCGGUCACAUUGCCUUGCGAGCCUUAGUGAUUGGAAAAUUCCCAAAUUCUUCGCCUUGAAUGGAAUUCGCUGAGCUGGGACUCCGGGUGUUAGAGUUUGUGCUUUCAAUUAGGUGCAGCUGGCUUCUGGUUCAAGGGUUGUUGGUGGACUGGCGCUGCUGCACAUUGUCAAGUUAGAAAUACUCCAGAUGGUGGCAGGGCUGCUGGCUUCUCUGGUCAGAGGCACUGAGUACACUGUCAGUGCUGAGAUCAAAGAAAGGAGCGGGAAUGCAGCCUGCAGGGGAAAGGGAAGCAUCUUAACCAGACAGGAUGCACACACACACACACACACACACAUUCUCAUUCUCCUCCCAGCCCUGGGGAAGCUUGCAGCUUCGUGACCUGGGCCUCUGACAACACUAUAGCUUCCUCGCCAUCUACUCUGCUGCAGGACCCUGGUUGGUUUCUCAAUCUACUAUUUUUUGUUGUUGUUAAUCCUCCUGAGGGUCUAUGCCCCCCCUCCCCACCCCCUGAUUUUUUAG